UUUUUUCUAAGUAUGGUCACAUAGGACGACACAUGCGUUUUGUUUUCUAGUUUAUUUUUUUUAAACAGCUUCACUUAAGUGAGAUUUCCCGCGAAAAUGUCUUCCAUUUUUAUGCUAGACACCGCUGGUGAUCAGAACCUACUCAAUGAGCAGGGCUCUAACCUACUUUACCGCAGUCUAAGUGCCGGACAAGAACGCCUCCAGUUGCAAGACAGCGACCAAGACGCUUCCAGUUCUGAUGAAGAUGAUGAAAAUGCUGAAAUUGAAUUGUUUGGCGUUAAACUGAACAGCAAAGAUGUUAGCAAAGCCAUUGGCAGUGGCAGAAAUACAAAACCAAAUCAAACCAAAGUGGCUGAGGAAUUGGACGAAGUAACUGAAAAGCUUGCCAAAGCAGUAGAAAAUUCCAGCAAACACAAGGCCAAGAAACGAAGGACCAAACAUGUCGUCGAUUUGGAUCACACGGAAGGACCUGAUUUAAGUAUGCGUAAAGAGAAUAUCGUAAAGGAUAUGCAAGACGCUAGACGAGCAAAGAAUCCUGGUCUGGACAAAGAACAUGCCCUACCCAUUGUGGGCAAGAGAAAGCAGCCUAUUUUGAAUCGAAUUGAACGUGCCAAGACAAAAGGCAGCGGUUGGUUCGAUUUGCCUGCCACUGAGAUCACUGAUGAGAUGCGCAAUGAGUUAAAGAUCAUACAAAUGCGAUCUGUAUUGGAUCCCAAACAUUUCUAUAAAAAGAAUGAUUUAAAAGUUUUACCCAAAUACUUUCAAAUUGGUACAGUUCAGCAUUCACCUUUGGAUCAUUAUCGGGAGAAGAAUACACGCAAGAGUAAGAAAUCUUUGGUCGAUGAACUCUUGGCGGAUGAGGCGUUCCAGAAGUUUAAUAAGCGUAAAUACAAUGAAGUUAUUCAACGCACUGACAAAUAUGCCCAUCGCAAGGCUAUGAAAAAGAUGAAGAAACUCAAGAAAAAUAAAAAAUAAAAGUUUUAUUAUAAAUUUGUUUAAAAAAGUGAAAUAUGUAUUUUAAAGCAAUCUACAUCUGUUUCGUGGUUUUUGGCUGACUAUUAGAAUUUACAUUAUAUUACCCUAUUAUCUAUUCCCAUAUCUGUUAAAGACAAUUAAGAAGUGGAGCCUUUGCCUAUAUUAAGUCUUAAGAUAUUGAUCAAAAUUUAUUAAAAUUUAGUUUUUAUUGGGAUUCUAAUAAGGGGGUAUUCUUGGUUGGGAUUUUUUUUUUCCUUCAAUUAUUAAGAAAAUCGUUCCGAAAGCAUUAUUUAAAAUUAAAAAUACUUAAGAAGAUAAGGAGAACCAAGUUUUUUAAACUCGUAGCAAAGAUAUAGCCCCUAAUUCUGAACAUAUUUUAGUAAAACAAAGUGCAAUCGGUACAGAAAGGCCUCCAUUAUCGUCCUGACUUCAUUUAGAGUUCUAGGAUAUUUUUAAACAUCAAACAAAUGCAAAUAUAUAUUUUAAAAAUCAA